AUGUCUUCGAAUGACUGGACGCUUCUCGUCUUACUUUCAUCGUCCAUCGAACAAUGUCAAUCGAUUGAAUUCCUGCCAUUGACAUCCACCAAUGAAUACACAGUUUACUGUUGUUGUGAAGAAACAAUCUAUCUCUGUGUCAACAUUUUAGAACUCAAGGCGAUCGUCAAUCUCUGCUAUUCAUAUCUUUUCUCGAAAACACAUCAGGAAAGCUCGCAGUUGAAUGUUCUUACGCGUGUUCUACUUUGUUGUAUCACGGAAUGUUUAACAAGUUGGAACAUACGUCGACGUUUGGUCUUAUCGAAAGCGAUUGAAAUUUCUAAGGAACUUCAGUUUGUUGAAGUUCUUCUUCGAUUGAAACCGAAAAGUGAACAAGUCUUUCGGUAUCGACGUUGGUUAUUAAAUCAUGAAGAUCAAGAUAAAGUUCACUUAACAAAUGAAUUCAAUCUUUGCAAUCAAACGGCGGAGAAGCAUUUUAUUAAUUAUGCGUCAUGGUUACAUCGACGAUGGCUGAUGGAACAUUUCAAGGUUGAUAUCGACGAAGAAUUGGAGCGAAAUUAUCGUUGGUUGGAAAGAAAUAUAUCGGAUUCGAGUGGCUUCUCGUUUCGAGCAUAUCUAAUCUCGAAAAAGGUGAUUGAUAUGAAUUUAAUCAAACAAGAAUUGAACGACAAUGGGAAUCUUUUGAAAUUUUAUGUCGAUAGAGAAUCGUUAUGGAUUUACAGACAAACAUUGAUCCUGUUAGCACUCAACCAUUUCUCUCCCGAUCAAAAGCGACUACUAUUCACCGAAGAACUCGAAUUGGAAAAACAAUUUCCGGGAAAUUUCUUUUCGAAAAGAUAUUUUCGUUUUUUAAAUGUUCUUUCAUCAUCUGAUGGCAAACAAUAUCGAAAUUAA